AUAAAAAAAAAUAAAAAAACCAAAGGAAAAAAAGAAAAAAAAACCCUAAAAACCCAACAUUUAUAUAUUUUCUUCACCUACUUUCCCUCUUGUUCGUGGUCCUUCUUCGUUCUCACUUUUGUUCUGAUUCCUCCUGUUACCUUCCGAUCAAACAAAAAAAGAUCCCUUUUUAUGGUUCCUUCUCUUCUCCCUUUAAGAAACUCGAAACCCUCUUCUUGUUUCUCCACAAGGGCACUGUGCGGAUCCCUUUCGGAUCAAAAUACGGAAAGAGAAAUGGGGUUUUCGAAGAUGUCGCAAGCGGAAGGAGGCUUGGAUUGCGACGGGAAGAAAUGGGUCAUCGCCGGAAUUUCAAUACGGGCUUCGUUAAAGCCGGUGAACACCAAAAUCAGAGGAGAAUCCGAACAAGGACGUGAAGAGGGAGAGCGCUCGACGACGCCGACGGCGAAGGAGGCAAAGAUUCCGGCGAAGCUGAAGUGCCCUCCGGCGCCGACAAAACGCCGUCCGGCGUUGAGAUGCCGGAGCAGCGUUGCCAGAGAGUUCUUUGCUCCUCCGGAUAAUUUGGAGACGGUGUUUAUACGCCGUUAAAAGUGACGGAAAAAUGAUUUUCAGAGUUUGGAGUCUUCAGUAACAAUUUUAGAUUUUUCUUUUCCCUCUCUCUUAGGGUUUUUGAUUUCAGAGUUUGGAGUCUGCAAUAUCUGUUUGGUUCCAUAGUUUUUCUAGGGUUUAUCCUCCUCCUUUAGAUUAGAUGAGAUGAUAUAAUUAUAAUCCAUAUUUCUUAUUAUCUUGUUUUAGUAAUGUACAAAAAGGUGUAAUAUUAAUGAUAGUCAGCUGCUUCUCAAUCAUAUUA